UGGACGGUGGGAACACAAGUCUUAAGUUCUUAACCCCUAUAAAUAGAAAAGUAUGUGCCUGGUUUCCCAAUAACUCAUCUCUAUCCGAUAGCUAGGUUUACUGUUCUUUUUCCUACCAUUUGAGCCGAUAAUUGAAAUUCUAAAGGGGGAUUUUAAUCGAAAUUGUUGAUUUCAUCAAUCAAUAGUGAAGCGGAAAACAUCACAAUCGUAUCGUCAUCUCUGUUUCUCACCGUUUUCACAAUCAUAAAAGCCAUCAUCAUCGUCAUACUCCCACUCCUUAAUUAUCUUCAAUGGCUUCACCAUCCCCAUCCGAUAUUGAUCGGGUAUGAUUUCGAUCGGUUCGGGUCUCUUCUAGUUCUUCUGCGUCGGGUGGCGAAGUUUUUUAGACAAUUCAUUUUUUGCAUAGUACUCGGAAGAGGGGUUUUAGUAUGAGAGUUGAGGAAGAGCCAAUGAAGAAGUCGAAGACUGGUGAAGAUGGUCUAGAAAGUUCCUCCGGUAAAGGUGGUGAGAACUCCGAUGAUCGGUUUCCUCUAUCUCAUUUUAAGCCGAAAAAGUUGGUCAGAUGGAAAACGUUGGCCAGUAAGAAGACUUUUGACGUCUCGUCUGCCGAUGUAGGCGGCAAAGCUGAGAAAGGUUGUGAAGGAGCUAAGGGUGCCCCUGGAGGAAGCUACGGAAAGAGCGUGCCUCUGACCCGAGUGUGCAAAGUAUCUUCCCCAGGUAACCCAUCCGUUCACCCGGAGAAAAACGUGACUGUGCUGCUUUCAGAUGAUGAUAGUGAGAAUGACGAGCUCUUUGGCUCAGAUACUAAGGUAGAAGGAUCGGGUGAAGGAGGAGAACAGAAUCAAUCCGAAGUUUCUACAAAUGAUGGGAAGGGCUAUCUAGCUUCUCUGGAGAGCAAUCCUACUGAAAACAUUGAAAGGAGUCCUCCUCUGAACCAAGGCUCGGUUGGUGGUUCAAUGUUUACAUUCCCGGGUGCUGCUUGCGAUUUACUUGCUGCCCUUGAUACCCUUUCCUAUUCUAGUUUCAGCUCGCUUACUGUCGCCCAGAUGUUGCAGGUUGUGCUCAUGUAUGAUCCUGCCAUGUAGGGAUCCCUCGAACUUGUUGCCGAGAAUCAGAAACUUCUUGAGGCUGCUAUUCUUCAAAAGGAAUUGUAAGAAAUUCGGACUCAGUUGCAGGGGGAACAACACCGAUCUCGGGAGCUCGAGAAGAAGCUAAAUGAAGCCAAAGGUACUUUACCCAGUUCUUUUGUUUUUAAUUGAUUGUUGUGGUGCCAAUAUUCUCAGUCUAGUGCUAUCUUUUAGCCGAAAUAUCUAGCUUAGAACGAGAAUCUGCCUCCGAAUACGGCUGUUUGUCUACACUUUAGCAGAAUAUUCAUAACAAGGAUGGUAAAAUUGACCGCCAGGCCUCCGAAAUUGAGGAACUUCGAGCCGAGCUUACUCGUUAUCAAAGAUUUGAAUAUGUUCCUGAAGAGAUGGAUAAUCUCCGUGAUGAAGUAUCUCGUCUGCAAAGGGUUGCUGCCGACAGGCUCCUACUGAUUGGGAAUUUAGAAGGCCAGUGUAACUCACUGCGAGUUCAGAAUAGGGAUCUUCAUGCCGAUCGUAAAAGUCUCUCCGGAUUGAAAGACGAAGCCGAGAUAAUCUGUUUAGCAAUUAGAGGAUAAGCUUCGCGGGUUUGAUCAGAUUAGUCGGGACUUGGAAUGGACUCUUCUCCAAUUGUCGGGUCUUCAAAUAGCCAGUGAUCGUCAACAGGCUCCGUCGAGUGAUCAUAAGAAGCAUUGUCCCUCGAAUGAAUUCAAUGAGAAGGAAUACAAUGAGAUGGUUUUGUAGAUGUUUGAACUUGAGACUUCUUUUUUUAAAUCAGAAGAAACCUUAAAAUUAGUUUUAUCCACACUCUUAGGUCCAUAAUUAAGCAUGCAUUAUUCUCUUUUCUCGCUAUUUCGUACUUCCAUUUUCUCGGAUCAUACCCAUUUUGGGUUCCUGCUUUCUGCAUCCGAGCAAGGAAAGGUCAAAUCUUUGGAGGAGCAGGUCGUCCAAUUGAAGCAUAAUGAGGCUCUUUUGAAUACUAAGCUUAGUGACGCUACUGUUGAGUUGACUCGCAAACUGGAUGAGGCGCAAAAGAAGCACGACAUGGAACUUACUGACGGGAUCAAGGAGUGUGUGAAGGCCUAUAUCGAUGAGUGGAGACACAAGAUGGCUGCCAAGAAUGCUGGUUCGGGUUCGACUAAUCUUGAAACCUAGUUUCUGCUUUUGUAGUGCUGUGUCACUAUUUCUCCCCCCACCUCUUGGGCUGUAAUUGAAAACUUUAUUUAAUGUCUAGACAUCGAAACCAAACGUCAUGCCAUAUUUGAAACUGUUUGCGAGAUAGCCUCCAUUUCAUGUCA